AUGCACGACGACUCCGACGAAGAAGAGUUCGUGUACCCCGGCUCCUCCGAGACGGACGCGUCCUCCUCCUCCUCCGCCGCCGCCGCCGCCUUCGCCGACGACGUCUCCCCUUCGCAGGCGGAGCCCACACCCCCACGCGCCGGGACGCCGACCCCGAGCCUCUCGUGCACGCCCUGCUCGAGCACGCCCAGUCCCCUGCGCCGUCCAAGGUGCACCCUGAACGCUUCUUCUAAAGGGCAUCUCCCAAUCGUCCUGUAUCUGCUGAACAAGCAACAGGCCGAUCCACUCGUCAGGAAUAACUGGGGCGAAACUGCGUAUGAUGUCGCGGCAGCGGUCUUUGAGGUUUGGAUAUUGCUUCAACGCAUUGAAUCAGAGAAAUGGCGGGAUUCCACGGUCCCUUACAACCCCAUCGGCGUUCACACUUCGGUACCACUUGUCCUCUACGAGAACCAGCGGCUGGACGUGCGUCUCAAGACUCUAGCUGUUUCUGGAGGGCGGCCCAAGUUUUCAGCGUCGGGGCUAGGCCGACGAGGGCGACAGGCGCCUUUUGAACUUGUGCUUCCCGCACCGACCGAGACCUCGGGCAAGAAGAUCGGUGCAUGGCGCAGCGAUGUGCAGCUUCCUCUACGCGAGGAUGCAUUUACCCUACCGAAGCCUGGGUCGUCUCGUGAGGGGUCGGAGAGAAGUCAUUUCUGGCUGUCCGACUGGACGCUGGAUGUCACCCCACCUGGGGUUGAUGCACAAGAAGGGUGGCAAUAUGCUCACACAUUCUCAGAUCCCGACGACCAGUGGGUCUCUGAGCCUCCACCACAGCUAGCACGCCUUCUAGGAGGUAGUGGUGCUAUGACAGCGGGCAUUGGUGGAAGCAGCCGGAGUCACAGCAGCAGCCAUGGCAGUUCUAGCACCAGUUCUGCCCCUCCCCAAUCCUGGGUUCGGCGCCGGAGAUGGGUGCGCGUCAUGCGGCGCAGGCUCGAUAUACCCCCUCUACCGUUCCUCAUGCCGGACGGUGCGAUGUACCAUCUCAUCGAUGGUCAAUUGAUACCCGCUCUCGAGCACGACGACAGCGAAUUUGGAGGCAGUGACGGGCAGGAGCUCAGCACGAUGCCGAGCUCCGGAUUCGCAUCGCAAGACUAUGUGGCCCGAGCGCGUUAUUUGGUUGGCACACCUAGUCUCGAUGACAUGGAGGUACACUCUGCAUUGGAUGCCCGUCGAAUGAUCGCCAAGCUAGAACGGGCCACCACCGAACUACGACAAGGGCUCCUUGGUGACGACGACGACGAGCGGAAAAUCCAGGCCGAGGUUCUGCUUAAUGUAUACAAUCGACAGCUAGAACAGAGACGGUUGGCUGCGGGGGCGCAGGGUCUGCUGAUUUCGGGCGAGGAUGACGUCGAUUUGGAUGAUGACGAGGACGAGGAUGAGUUCCGCUACCCUGGCGCCUCUCCUGUUGAAACCAACCGACCGCCAUCGAUUCGCUCAACGACGACCCACUACACCGAUUACUUCGGGCGUAGCGUGAGCAGCUCCUCGCGAGGCCCCACUGAUCUGACCCCGCAUCUUUCACAAGCACCGGAGUUCCGUGUACCCACACACGAGGCCCCCCAGAAGAUAUUGACCCCGAGGUGGUCAACGCCUACUCCCCACCAGGUUCACGCCACUUGGGAGAGGGACGAAGUUGUAUCCGAGUGUCGCGAGUGCCGCAGACGCUUCACCUUCCUACUCCGAAGGCAUCAUUGUCGGAAGUGCGGCCGUAUAUUCUGCGACCGCUGCUCGUCAUACAGGGCUCUCCUGGACCCUUCAGACGUCGUCAGCGAUCCCGCCUUCCCGGAUUCGCCGCCCACCGCCAGUCAACAGCGCGUGUGCGUAGGCUGUCACGAAGAGGUCACCGCGUCGAUCCCGCGCUCGUUAUCCGCCUCGCGUACGAAUUCAAUGGAGCGCAUAUUCAUCGACCAGCGACGGUUGAACAUCCCUAGUCCCACCCGGGCGCAGUCUAGCUCCCAGCUGAGCGAUCUGGCAGAGUGUCCUGUCUGCAACUCAGGUCUGUCAGACAUGGGCCCACCUCACGUUCAGGAGGCCCAUGUCAAGAACUGUCUCGAAGGUGGCACCGGUACAGCUCCUCAGACCGCCAAGUACCUCGUAUACAAGCUUCCAGCGGAGAGUUCGCUCAUCGGCCACGAAUGUGUGAUCUGCUUGGAGGAGUUCGUCACUGGCUCAACGGUCGCACGGCUCAGUUGCUUGUGCAGCUUCCACAAUGCUUGCUUGUCAUCCUGGCUGCAACGAGGCAAGAGCUGCCCUGUACACGCACGAUGA